AUGGAGGCCCAGAGUCACAGACCACCAGCCUCGCAAGCGUCUGGUCGCGUGUUCCGCGACUCCGCAGAACGGUCGCUGCGUAUCUUUGUCGAGGCCUCCGACCUCCUCCACCGUCCCAAGGUCAUAAACACUCUCAAGAACAACGGGGCUACGAUCGUUCAUUCACCGGACGAGGCGGCUAUCAUCAUUGUCGAUCCCCAGACCGCGUCAGGUAGCCAAUUCAUAGAAGAGUGGGGUUCGGAACCAGGGAAAGUUGUACUCGACGUUCCCUGGGUGCAGAAGUCGGUGGCGAGAGGGAAGGCGUUCAUCGCAGACGAGAGUUGGGGUGGAUUUUGCCUGAGCGAGAACGCGUCUGGAACGAUCCAAGACCCGUUGCCCACCCCGCGAGACACACCACCAGACGCGCCAGCGUCCCAAGCAGAGUUCAGCAUGCAAAAUCAACCCCCAUAUCACCCUCCAGGCGGCUCACAGUUCAAUCCCCCAAAUAUACCUCUUGGAUAUCCUUUCCCGCAGCAACUGCAGCAGGGACAAAUGGGGCAGCAGAUGCCGAACAGCCUCCCGAAUGGCGCCCCGAUCCCUCCCGCAGGCAUGCAGGAUCCCAACGCCCAGGUGGUACUGCCGGCUCACCUUGUGGCGCAGUUGGUUGGAUUUGUGAGCCAACAAGGCCUCAAUCCCGCAAGCUUGGGCAUGCCCCAGAUGGUAGCCCAGAUGGGCAACCAGAUACCUAUGAACAUGAUGCAGGGACAGCCCAUGCCGCAGGGAUAUCCUUUCAUGUCACAACCAGGCAUGUUCGUCCAGCCGCAGUAUCCGCUCUCCCAGCAGCACGGCAUGUUUCUACCACAGCAAAUGAUGGCCCCUCCCAUGUCCCCCAUGUCCCAGAUGCACCCGCCUGACGCGGGCUCUCCCAACCACUAUCAUCAGUCCCCCACACCCGCAACCCCAGAUCGCCGUUUGAGCGAAUCACUUUCACGACGACAGGGCAGUAUGUCAGAUACGGCCGGGUCACCUAUGCAGGACGUUAGGCCAACUUCCCGUAAGCGGAAGUCCCCUGCCACGGAGAAAGCAUCGACGAGUCGCCGCGCAGGCAAGGGUCGUGCAGACGGCGAGCGGUCGCAUAAGCAGCGUCGGGUUUCAUACACGCCCGACGAGGCUCCCCUGCUGUACCCAGACGCCACUCCACACUCGCCGCAGCCUCGGCGCGAGCCCUCCAGUUCUCUCGGGAAGCUUUUUGCGCAGGAGGAUGGGGAACCGUACAAGUUUUAUGUGCAGAUCGACAUCAGACCUAGAACGAAGAUCGCGGACGCCAUAAAGAAGAAUGGUGGAAAGCUCGUGCCAGACAUUGCCGACGCCGAUUAUGUGAUCCUGGGUUCUCACGCUACGAGGACCUUUGAGGAGCGACUCAAGCAGGCCGGGAACUACGGCAAGCUUGCCGUGCGUCCACAGUGGGUGUUUCAGUGCGUGGAGCAGAACGAGAUCGUGGAGCUCGACGAGUUCGUCUUCGAGGGCAUCCAGGUUGAGAAGAAGCGCGGGCGACCUAGCGCGUCGGGCAAACGGUUCAUCCUCACAGGCCCGAACGCUCCCUCGACCUCCAAGGGGAAAUCGAAGGCUUCACAGCAACCCCAGGGAUCGGACGAGGAGGAUAUGCCCGGAGACGAGGAGGGAGACGAAUCGGACGAGGCGGACGAGACGCUGAUGGAGAAAGCUAAGCUGGCGGCGAAGCAGAAAGCAGCGCUGAAGGAACCAACGAAGAAGAAGGCGAAGGUGGAGAAGAAAGCGGACAAGUCGAGUGCCAAAGCCAAGGCCUCAGCAGGCGAAGGGACCUCCAAGGGCUCGAAACCAAAAGCCAAGUCCACUGAGCGGUCGCCGUUCACGCAGCAAUACUGGCGGCCGUCACCUCCUCCGCCAACGCGAGUGGUCGAGCACAUGCCCGGAAAGAAUAUGUACACCAAGGAGGACCUCGACUACGUGGAUGAAUAUGUCCCGAUCCUCUUGUUCCGCGAUCCCGAUAUGACUUUCUUUGCCAUCAGUGAGAAGUUACACGCGAAGAUGCCCCACCACACUCAGAAGUCGUGGCAGACGCACAUCAGCUAUGCUGGUCGCCGUGAAAAAUUGGAGAAGAUGAGGCGGCAAGCGCACAUCGCCCGCAGGAAAGCAGCAGCAUCCGGCGUCCAACGAGCAUCGGAGCCCGUGGACUCCAACUCGUCCGAACCUACGCAGACGGCGCCGGCUCCCCCUCAGCCUUCCCUUCCUCCACCAUCUAUCGACAUGUUCGAGGCGUUGGCGAACUUCUUUGCCGGCGGUGGUGCGGACAACUUGGCCGACACGGAGGUUUGGAAUGAGGUGCACCGGAAGCAUCCUGAGCUCUCCGCGGAAGCCUGGGAGGCAUACUGGAUGAAGCACAAUCAUGAGAUAGCGGCGGCGGUCAGGCGGAUAAGUGGUGUGACAGAUCCCGAGGGGGCAAGUUCGGAGGCGCCAAUGCAGUAUGGAAACGGCGACAUUGUACCCAAGCCAGAACCAGAAUGAGGUUCGCAUUUCAUGGACACUUUCAGCGUCUCUGAGCUGGGCUUCUGUAAAUAUCAGCGUUCCCUUUCGCAUGUAAGUUUCCGGGUGGCAGUGUGCGGUGUAAACAGUUCUACGGUCUC